UCAACCAGGCAUUCUGUCGUUCACUACUCCUUGGUCUUCAUAUAGUUGUCUCAAUUUUUUUUCCCCUAAGAAAAUUUCAGGAGCUUUAUCAAACAUAUUCCUUCUAGCUGGUGGGAAGAACAUUACAUUGAAUUUGCUUCUAGACUGCGAAUACCAGGAUCUGUUUAUUAUGACACCAAGGAUAAAUGCUAGCAAAAAUGGUUGAUCAUGGAUGUGGCUAAUGCGUUGCUGCACUUUCCAAAAUGAAAGGCCUGCCUACCUUGAAAGCCAGAACUGAAAACGAAUGGGGAUUGCAUGGAUUUGCUUCUUGUUUCUUUUUCUGCAAGGAAAUAACAAUGUACAAGGAAAUUGCAAUUCAGGGAGUGCAGUGACUUGUGAAGAUUGUUUGCUUUCUGGACCAAAUUGUGCCUGGUGCUUUCAAGAGAAUUUUACUGAUCCAUCUGAAAUUCAUAUACGGUGUGACACUCCUGAAAAUCUUUCAUCAAAAGGAUGCCAGUUGAAUUUCAUUGAAUUUCCCAUUUCUAAAGUACUGAUCCACAAAAACAAGCCCCUUACUGAAGGGUCACAGGAAAGCAACGUACACGUUACACAGAUUUCUCCGCAAAAACUAACUGUUCUACUGAGGCCAGGAAAUGAAGAAACAAUACAGAUCAAUGUUCGCCAGUCUGAAGAUUAUCCAGUUGACCUCUACUACCUCAUGGAUCUUUCAGCUUCCAUGAGUGAUGAUCUGAAAACCAUAAAGGAGCUAGGCUCUACUCUGUCUAAAGAAAUGUCUAAGCUCACAAGCAACUUUCAGCUGGGUUUUGGAUCUUUUGUAGAAAAACCCGUUUCACCAUUCAUCAAUACUGUGCCACAAGAAAUACAGAAUCCUUGCAGAAGUGUGCCAUACGAUUGCUCACCAGCGUUUGGAUACAAGCACAUUCUGUCAUUGACAAAAGAUGCUCAGAGAUUCAAUGAAAUUGUGAAAAAACAGAAAAUUAGUGCUAACAUAGACACACCAGAGGGAGGAUUUGAUGCAAUUAUGCAAGCAGCUGUUUGUAAGGAAAAAAUUGGAUGGAGGAAUGAUUCAUUACAUCUGUUGGUGUUUGUGAGUGAUGCUGAUUCUCAUUUUGGUAUGGAUAGUAAACUAGCAGGAAUUGUUAUCCCCAAUGAUGGAGAAUGCCACCUGGAUCAUAAUAAUGAAUACUCCAUGUCAACCAUUUUGGAAUAUCCAACUUUGGGACAACUAAUAGACAAGAUUGUGCAAAAUAAUGUUUUAUUAAUUUUUGCAGUAACAAAGGAACAAGUUCAUUUGUAUAAGAACUAUGCUGAUCUUAUUCCUGGAGCUACUGUUGGACAACUUCAGGUGGAUUCUGGAAAUGUCCUCCAGUUGAUCACUGAUGCAUAUAAGGCACUCCGGUCUGAAAUCGAGCUUGAAGUGUUGGGAAACACAGAUGGACUGAACCUUGCUUUCACUGCAGUUUGUAACAACAGCACAGCUUUUCCACACCAAAAGAAGUGUUCUCACAUUAAAGUGGGAGAAGCAGUCACUUUCAAUGUAACUUUAAGCCUAUCUUCUUGUGAGAAAAGUGGAAGAAAUAUCAUAGUAAAGCCUGUGGGUCUGAGUGAAGUUCUGGAAAUUGCUAUCCAGCCAGAAUGUGGCUGCAGCUGUCAGAGGGAAGCUGAGAUGAACAGCUCCAAGUGCAACUAUGGGAAUGGUUCUUUCCAGUGUGGAGUCUGUGUCUGCAACCCUGGCUACCUGGGUCCCCAUUGCGAAUGUGGUGAAAAAGACUUCCUGACUACAGAUUCCUGUAAAAGUUCUCCAGACCAGAGCUCUUGUAGUGGGAGAGGCGAUUGUUAUUGUGGACAGUGUGUUUGCCAUCUGUCAGCAUAUGGAAAUAUUUAUGGGCCAUACUGUGAAUGUGACAAUUUCUCUUGUGGGAGAGUUAGAGGAUUGCUUUGUGGAGGCAACGGUUACUGUGACUGCAGUGAAUGUGUCUGCUACAGUGGGUGGACAGGUGAAUACUGUAACUGCACCACUGACACUGAGAGUUGUCUUUCUGAAGAUGGCAUGAUCUGCAGUGGGAAAGGCAUAUGUGUUUGUGGACAAUGUGUGUGUACAAAUCCUGGAGUUUCUGGCAAUACUUGUGAAAAAUACUCUACCUAUAGUGAUCCUUGUAGCUCCAAACGGAGCUGUGUCGAAUGUUAUUUAGCUUCUAAUGAUCAGUCACAAGAAGACUGCACUGAAAAAUGUAAACUGGUUGACGUGACUGUCAACAGUGAAGAAGAUAUCGUGGAAGAUAAAUCUGUUCCUUGUUUGUUACGAGGAGAGAAUGAAUGUGUUAUCACAUUUCUAAUGGCAGCUGAUGAACAAGGGAAAACGACCAUUCACAACAUAAAGGAGAAAGACUGUCCACAACCCCCAAAUAUUGCAAUGAUCGUGUUGGGUGUUUCUAUUGCAAUCGUCCUCACUGGGAUUGUCUUACUUUGUAUAUGGAAAUUGUUCAUUUCAUUUCAUGACCGCAAGGAAGUUGCUAAAUUUGAAGCAGAAAAAUCAAAGGUCAAAUGGCAAACGGGAACAAACCCACUGUACAAAGGUUCAACAACAACGUUUACAAAUGUAACAUAUAAACAGAAAGAAAAGCAAACUGGAUCUGCUGCAAAUGGUUAUUAGCCCUUCAGAGCAAUAAAAAAGGAUUAGUUUUUGAACCACA